UGCUAACUUAGCCACCUCACAUAGUAUGACAUGUUAUAAGGAUGGUGGGGACAUCAGUCCUUUAUCAGAGUCAUUUCAUGACACCACAGGAGGAUCAUUCAAGAAUCCAGAAUCUGAUUUCACAUUGAAGGAACAAGAAUGUAUCGCUUUCGUGAAGAGAUGCAAGAGCCUCAGAGAUAUGAAAGUAGUUCAUUGCCAGAUUGUGAAAUUGGGGUUGAUUUGGAGCUCUUUCUGUGCAAGCAAUCUAGUUGCCACUUGUGCUCUUUCUGACUGGGGCAGCAUGGACUAUGCCUGCUCAAUUUUUCGCCAAAUAGACGACCCAGAUGGAUCAAAAGACAAUUGCUUCUUGGAGUGCUCUAGUUUCAGCUCAUGCAAACUUGGGCAUGUGGUCUGAAUGCCUUGGGAUUUUUGCUGACAUGAAUUCUGAAGGUUGUUUGAGGGCUGAGGAGAGUGUGCUAGUAAGUGUGCUCUCUGCUUGUACUCAUUUAGGUGACUGGAUUUAGGUAGGUCUGUACAUUGUUAUCUAAUAAGGAAUAUGAGUGGCCUCAAUGUCAUAGUGGAGACUUCCUUAAUGGACAUGUAUAUGAAAUGUGGCUGCUUAGAGAAAGGGUUGUGUCUGUUUGAAAGAAUGGCAAACAAGAACCAGAUGUCUUACAGUGUAAUGAUUUCAGGGCUAGCAAUGCAUGGAUGUGGUCAGGAAGCUCUAAGAGUCUUCUCACAAAUGCUUGAAGAAGGAUUACCACCAGAUGAUGUUAUUUUGUCGGUGUACUCAGUGCUUGCAGUCAUGCUGGCCUUGUCGAAGAAGGUUUGAGAUGUUUCAACAAGAUGAAGUAUGAGAAUGGGAUUAAACCAACAAUUCAACACUAUGGGUGCAUGGUUGAUCUAAUGGGCAGAGCAGGAAUGCUUAAUGAAGCUUUAGAGCUUGUCAAUGGCAUGCCAAUGGUACCAAACGAUGUUUUGUGGAGGGGUCUUCUUACUGCUUGCAAGAUCCAUUCAAAUGUUGAAUUGGCAGAGGUAGCAGCUAAAAAUCUGUUUCAACUGAAUUCUCAUAAUGCCAGUGAUUAUUUGACUUUAUCAAAUCUUUAUGCAAAAGCUCAAAGAUGGGAGGAUGUGGCGUCUACUCGCACCAGAUUAGCUGAAGAGGGCUUGAACCAAGAGCCUGGAUCCAGCUCUGUGGAGGUGAAAAGGGAAGUGUUUAAGUUUGUAUCUCAAGAUAAGUCACAUCCCCAGUGGGAGAGCGUAUAUGAGAUGCUUCACCAGAUGGAAUGGCAGUUGAAAUUUGAAGGGUAUUCCCCAGAUACAUCACAAGUAUCGCUGGAUGUAGAUGAAGAAGAGAAGAGACAGAGAUUGAGUACUCACAGCCAAAAAUUGGCAAUUGCCUUUGCACUGAUUCAUACAUCGCAGCAUUCUCCCAUCAGAAUUGUUAGAAGUGUCAGAAUGUGCAGUGACUGUCACACAUAUACUAAAUUCAUUUCAACCAUUUAUGAAAGAGAAAUUACUGUAA